UAGCCGGGCCUCUUUGAACAGCACACCGGAUCGCGUACGCUAGGGGGCGGGACUGAGACGGCUGCAGAACUAGCAAUGAAGGAACUGGCGCAGGAUCUGAAAAUGGAGUGUGAUAUUCUGGAUGCGCUCGAGGCUUUGGGAUACAAAGGCCCUCUUUUGGAUGAAGAUGCCCUUAAUAAAGCAGCAGAAAGUGGUCUGGCUUCACAAGACUUCUGUGACCUUUGCGUUUGGUUAAGUUCCCAAAUACAGUCAUUGUGUGAUCUAGAAGAAAGCAUCUCCUCAACAGCUGGUGGUGAAGAUGUUGAAAGUUUACAGCUUGAGAUGAGUGGCUUUUUAAAAGAGCUGACCUGUCCAUAUCCUACACUUGUAUCUGGAGAAAUUAAAGACCGAUUGAAAAAGAAAGAAGAUUGUCUUAAAGUCCUAUUAUUUUUAAGCACAGAACUUCAGGCUUUGCAGUUAUUGAAAACCAAACAACAUCAGCGUUCUCAUUUGGCAAAGAAUAAUGAAAUCCAUCAAGAAAUCCAAAUGAUUUGUGAUGUGCUGGGUCUACCAAAGUCACCACCUUCAUGUUCUGACAUUCCAGUCUUAUUAAACAAUAUAGAGUCAAAGAUCAAGGAUGUUUUAUCAAAAAUUCCAAAUACUUAUGUGGGCAAAUCUCUGUUAAAAACUCCUUUGAAUCCAGAUCAAAUGGAAAUGUUGGAAAAAAUCAAUGAGACUCUUCUCAGUGAAUAUGAAUGCCGCCGUCGUAUGCUAAUGAAGCGCUUAGACGUAACUGUACAGUCCUUUGGAUGGUCUGAUAGAGCAAAGGUGAAGACAGAUGAAAUUGCAAGGAUUUAUCAACCCAAGCGUUACGGAUUGUCUCCUAAAUCAACUGUUUCGUUAGCCCAUCUUCUAGCUGCUCGUGAAGACUUAUCAAAGAUCAUAAGAACAAGCAGUGGAUCUUCACGAGAAAAGACCAUUUGUGCAAUCAAUAAGGUCUUGAUGGGAAGAGUACCAGAUCGUGGAGGCAGACCAACAGAAAUUGAUCCACCACCCCCUGAAAUGCCCCCUUGGCAGAAGAGACAAGAUGGUGGUGGUAGAGGAGGAAGAGGAGGCUGGGGAGGCGGGGGUGGCGGUAGAGGAGGCGGGGGUGGCGGUAGAGGAGGCGGGGGUGGCAGUGGCGGCAGUGGUUGGGGAGGAGGGGGUGGCGGUAGAGGGGGUGGGGGUUGGAGGGGAGGGGGUGGUUUUCAAGGGAGAGGUGAUUACAGUGGGAGAGGAGGCUACAGUGGAAGGGGUGGGUAUGGUGGAAGAGGAGGAGGCUACGGGAGAUAUUGAUACCAUUAAACCAUUAUACCAUUAAAUGUUAACUGACACACACUGUUCAUUGAGAACCCAAGAUAAAUGAUAGCUGACUUAGCAUGAUGUUUGAAUUAUGUUGGUCCUGCUUAUUGAUAAAUUGCUAUAUUUAAUUCGCUGUUUUUUGACUGGGUUUUCACGUAAUAUGACAAACCUCAGAAAUAUGAACAUAAAAUUAAAAUAGAAAGUUAAAAUUGAUUUUCUUUUAAGUGUUCAGAUCUAAAAGAUCUCUUACAGAGAAGAGCAUGGGAAACACUGUAUGCUAAAUUUGGCCUCCAAUUUUCUCAAACCACUUGUGGAAAAAGUAGGAAAGAGCCUGAUUUCACUAGCUGGAAUGUGCCUGAUCUAAAAACAAAACUGCAGCAGGUAUCCAUGAAAUGUCUAUAUUUUUUGCCAUGAUGAUCACUGGAGAGUUGCAAUUUUUGGUUGGCCUUGCUAGCCAAGCCAAAAAUUGUAGUUGCCACAUUCCGCCUGCCUGCUAGGUGGCUGGAAGCAACCAUCUUCUCCUUUGCUAGAGGAAAGGCAGGAGAUAAGUCUUCCAUCUUCAGCCAAUGCUUCUCUAAGGGGCUCCAAGUCCCUCUGCUGAGGAACUGCCUCCUCACUUCUCUUUCCUGCGGGAAAGAAGCAGUGUGCAGGCAUCAACUGAUGCUUGGUGGUGGGGCACAGAGACCCACUGCUGUGCAGAGGCUGCAAGUAACUCCCCCCUCCCUGCUUUUGUCACCUGUGGGAAAGAAGUGGGAUCCUCCCUUCCAAACUUUCCUCCUAAUCUUGGAGCUGGGGAAGGUUCUGGGAUCACAGCAAAACUGCUGGGAUGAUACCCAUCCCCCUUUGCAGCAUCAAAGUUGACAGGAAGGUUUUUUACACAGGGAUAGACUUACUGUGGUGAACAUAAUUGUCGAAGCCUGAUGAUCACGAGCUCAUGAGCCUUUGUAAUGCAAAUAUUCCAUAAGGAACCCUGUCAUGAACUUUGAAUAUAAUCAACUAGUCCUCAGUGUGCUUUACUCUCUACCAGAGAAAGUUGGCUGUUGAGAAGGAAGACAGAAUUAAUGUAAAUAAGGGAGUGUGGAUGUGCCUGGAAAUGUCAUCCUUCCACUCUCUCUCCCACCUGACCUUAUUCUUUACUUACAACAUCCUGGCUUCCGUGAAGUAUAUAGGUGAGCCCAGGGGCUGGAAAUGUUUGACAAAGCUAACCGUUAGAACAUUGGGGCCUCUGUCUUCCCUACAUUUCCUCCUAAGAGAAAAGGUUUUUCCCUUCUGCCUCACAUACAGACUUAUGUAUUCUAAGCUAGAAUUCUAGCUGUUGUAUAGUAUAGACUUGAUGUUUUUAACGAGUUAUACACUCAGAACAGGUUAUAGAACUGUUCCCAGCUAUAAGUAAAAGCUAAGAAAGCCACAAUGUGUUUUGUUCUUUUUAAAGGGCAGAUUUUUUAACCUUCCCUAUCCUUCCCAAACUAGAAUAUAUUUGAGACAAAAUUAAAACGGUCAGUUUCUAGCUAUUUUGAUUCCUAUACAGGUGCAUUUCUUAACCUAAAAAAAUGCAAUAAAUCAUUUUUUGAACGUUUCUAUAAAUAAUUUUUGUAUGUUUUAAACCUGAAUAGUGUAUUUUGUGAAACAUAAGUUUUGUGUAAAUAGUUUGUGUUUAAGAGCAAUUCCAUUUAUGUAUGAACAUUUUCCUUUUAAAAAGUUUGUGAACGUUAAUGGAGCACCUACUGAAAAUCUUGCUUUUUGACAGUCAACUGGAGAGUAUUUUGUGUUUUAAGAAAUAGGUUGUUUACACUUGUGAGCACUGAGAAGUAAAGUACUGUAAAGUUGUCAUCAUUGUGCUUUUUGUACAUAGAAUUUCACUGAUACACUAGUCUACAAGAGGGGCAAGGAAUUCUUAGCUCAUAAGCCUCUUAUAGCCCCUACUCUAAUUUAUUGAAGGCAGCAUCAGGGACCAGCAGCAUGGAGAGCGGAGGUGGCAAUGGUGUUUAAAAGGAAAAUAAAUCACACAGAGAUGUAGAUCUGGGCAACUUCCUUUUCCUUCACUCUUUGGGCAAGCACUUCUGGAGCACUUGUCAGUCACUGGAUGAGCAUUAUAAGCAAUGGCCCCAUGUCUCCCUUCACAUCUGAGCAACGUGAAAUCCAGGAAGGUAGUGCUCUUCCUCAGUGGUGAGGCAUGUGCAGAAGGUCCCAUGUUCAGUCCCUGGCAUUUCCAGAUAGGGCUUGGAGGGAAACUCUGGAGAGCUCCUGAAUGAGGGGGGGAAAUACACCAAAGAAUGGAAGGCUGGAAAAAUGGGUUUGGAUUUUUAAAGGUUUUUUUCCUUAAAAAAAAAAAAAUUAUGUGCAGUAGGGGUGGUGAGUCUAGGGCAUAGCAGACUUUUGACUGGUAAGGAGAGCUUAUUUCCUUCUAGAGUGAAGAGCGGACUUGGGAUAGCUGAGAACUUCUACUUCCCAAGUGUCUCUUUGAGGUCAAUGUGUGGCUGACCCUUAUUACAGUGAUAACACUAGAUUGAAGAUUUCUCUCUUCAAAGCUCAAAUUCAGUAAUUUUGUCCUGCAGUGAUACUUUCAGGCACAAAUGUUUCAUGUAGCUUUGUCCCAAUAACAUUCCUGUCAGGAGUGUCAUAAGGGGAUAUUACUGGCAUGACCACCCUUAUAACAUUGACAACUUCACAGGACUUGUCAUGAAAAGGGCCUCUGUGUUCUAGAAUUAUUUCAUAUUAGAAACAUUGGUGAAUACUCUGUGGCCAGUGGCAGUGAAGUCUGUAGGGAGUGUCUUUGGCAGGGGGAGGAGAAAUGGGUGUGCUUCAUUAGAGUCUGGGGUUCUAGGGAAGCUUGGACUACUUAAUCUACUUUUCAUAUUGUUUUCAGUCACUGUUUACUUCACUUAACAUAAUGCAACUUUUGCAUGUCUUGAACUGCUAAAUAUUCUUUUUGAACUGCCCAUUUCCCCCCCUGUAACUGCCCAUGUUGGGUCUAGCUAACCAAUAAUAAUAAUAAUAAAAAGGCCUGACAUAUUCCUAAUUAGAUUAAUAAAGGUGAUUCUCAAACCUUAAUGUAUUGCCUCAGGGGAAAUACCAGCUGUCACCACAUGGGACGCCCCUGCAUUAAGAAAUAUCUGUAUGCAACUGAGAUGCAGGAGGAAAAUCUUCGACAUAUUAUCAUGCCAAAAAUAACUAUGGGAAUUACAUCUGGCUGAUUACUUAAAAGCUAACAACUAAAAGUCUUUGGAUACUCUUAUCGGAUCAAGACUACCACAACGCUCCAGAACAGUACAAAAAAAAUUACUUUGUAACUUAAUUUCAAUAAAUAUUAAACCAAAAGUUGUACUUGAGCCAACUUUUACAGACUGUACAAUUUAUGUAUCAGUUUUUACUGUCAUACUUUUACAGAUAUCCCUAUCAAUGAAAGCAAAUUAUUUUAAGAAAAAUAACAUAAAUUGGUACUCCAACAUCACAUCAACAUCUUAAGGCUUUUUAAAAAUAGUUUUAUCUUGCUUGAACAACAGUAAAUAUGAGAUGAUUGGCACGAGUCUAAGACAACAGGCCUAGCAAAUUGUAAAGUAUGUGUUCCUUUGGCUUGUGUGUUUGGCACAAAAGGAGAUCUGAGAGAAAGUGGAUUAGGACAAUAUGGACAGCUGAAUGUCUACAUGCUGUUUUUCAAAAGGUUCAAAACAGCUGCUGUGUAAAUACAUGUGGCACUGGAGAUGAUACAUACCUAUGUUAUUUUCUUGCUUUUGUUGUAUCGUGCUUAUGGUAGUGAAGCCUUGCCACAAACCACACAUGCAUCUGCUUGGGAAGAAGAAACCACAGCCUAAUUCUAUGGGAAGUAAAUCCCAAUGAGUUCCACAUGGCUUACUUCCAUGUAGCUGUCCACAAAAUCAUGGCCUUCAUGUAUUUUAUGCACUCUUGUCUAGCCAAAUAUUUUGGGGCAAAACACUGAAUAAUAAAGCAA